AUGCUCAACAACGCCACCUUCGUGCAGCCCUCCAACCACUCCUGCUCACGGAGCCUGCUCAUCACUCAGCAGAUCCUCCCUGCCCUAUACCUGGUGGUCUUCACCGCUGGGCUGCUGCUCAACACUAUGUCGGGCUGGGUUUUCCUGUAUGUGCCUAGCUCCAAGAGCUUCAUUGUCUAUCUCAAGAACAUUGUGGUGGCUGACUUCAUCAUGAACCUGACCUUCCCCUUCAGGAUCCUCAGCGACGCGCGCCUGGGCCCCUGGCAGCUGGGCGUGUUCGUGUGCCGGGUCUCCGCUGUGCUCUUCUAUGUCAACAUGUAUGUCAGCAUCAUGUUCUUUGGCCUCAUCAGCUUCGACCGCUACUACAAGAUCGUCAAGCCACUGUCCUCGUCAUUCAUACAGUCAGUCAGCUACAGCAAGUUGCUUUCGAUGCUUGUGUGGCUGGGGACUCUGCUGCUGGCUGUGCCCAAUAGCAUCCUGACCAACCAGAACGCCUCUGAUACCUGGCCCACCAGCUGCAUGAAUCUCAAAAGCCCUCUGGGCCAGGCGUGGCACAAAGCGACCACCUACAUCUUUGUGGCCAUCUUCUGGCUCGUCUUUUUCCUGCUGAUCAUGUUUUACACGGCCAUCACCAGGAAGAUCUUCAAGUCGCACCUCAAGUUGCGGAAGAAUUCCAUGUCCUUCAAAAAGAAGUCUAGCCGCAAUAUAUUCAGCAUCAUGCUGGUCUUCGUGGUCUGUUUCGUGCCCUACCACGUCGCCCGGAUCCCAUACACGAAGAGUCAGACGGAGGAGGCCUAUGGCUGCAGAGCCAAGGAGAUCCUGCUGUACAUCAAAGAGUUCAGCCUGCUCUUGUCAGCGGUCAACGUGUGCCUAGACCCCAUCAUUUAUUUCUUCCUGUGCCAGCCCUUCAGAGACAUCUUAUGUAAGAAACUGCGCAUCUCCGUGAACACGCCGCCUGGCUCAGAAACGUCUAAGACCAAGCGGGGACAGACGAUCAACGAGAGCAUAGACACCCUGUGA